AAUACUUUAACAAGGUCGUAGUCAAAUCUGGCCGGCUGCCGGAAGGUAAUAACAACACAGAGAAUGUCCUCUACCUUCGACAAAGUCUAUAAAAGGAGAACAACACGCGAAAAACACUGGAGAAAGAUCCAAAGACAAGAUGAAGCUUCUCAUCGUUUUAUCGUUUGCAGUCGUCUGUUUGGCUCAACAAGACGACGGAUACUACGAAGAGCCCAGACAACGACGCGUUUCCCCGCGACGCGACGAUUAUUACGAAGAUCCCAGGGCCCAAGCAUACAAAUUCGGUUACAACACUGGUAACGACGGACCCGCUCAAAUAUUCAGAGAAGAGACCAAAGCUCCCGACGGAUCCAUCGUUGGCAAAUACGGCUAUGUAGAUCCAACCGGCAAAUUGAGGAUCAUCAAUUACAGAUCCGCUCCUCAAAAGGGUUUCGAAGCGAGCAGAGGAAGUAGAAAUAAUCAAGAACAGCAACAACAACAACCGCAACAACCACUCGGAGCCAAUCCCAGGACACAUUACGUCGAUUAUCCUUACGAUGGGGCCUUCCAGUACCAAGAAUUAUAUUAGAAACGAUUUAUCGUUCUCGCGUUAAAUACUGUGUUCAUCUAAUAUCCUGAACAUUCCAUUAAUGUGAUAUCGAUUCAGUAUUUAAUAUAUCUUGU